UUGCACGUUUCGGUAGAGAUUGGUGUACACGAUGGGUCCACCAAAGAGACGGAAGACAUACUUGGAUCCCGGAUCAAGUGAUGUCAUUCCGAAGACGACGAAAUGGCGCCUUCAUAGUUCAUCAGUCAACGCUUCGCAACCGAUGUCACCUAAUCAAGCAUGGGCGAAAGAUGCUCGGAUUCAUCAACGCGCACCUUCAUCGGAAAGUUCGCUGGCCCCUCAGCGCGAACUGUCAUCUCCUGAUGUCUUUAGUGAUGACAGCGACGAAGAUUUGAACGUAUCUGGCGCGUCAUUCCAAAUGGACGACGGUGGCACAUCACCGAGUGCCUAUGUAGACGAGAAUGUGGCCUCGGAUAGAAGUGAUAGAAAUGACUCAUUUUACGCAGAUUUAGCGGAACCUUUCAAUGAUGACGGGACGUUGACCCGGGGCGAUGCGUACAUGAUGCUUUUGGACCUCGCUGUCAAAUACGGGCUCUCAUGGACAGUAAUUGAGGCCAUUCAAAAAUUGUUCAACAACCUUUUUGGGAAAAAGGCGUUCCCCGAAAGCAAGUAUUUAUUUAAGAAGCUGUGUGGUGUCGAUAUCGCAGAUAUCGUGUUUCACUUUUAUUGCCCAAAUUGCAAGUUGUCACUUGGAGAAACCAAGGGAAGUCUAGAAGAACGACGACGACUUCGAGCUGAGUGCCAAUUGUGCCAUUCCAAAUAUCUUGGACGUGACCUUGUGCGUUCGGGCAGUUUCUUUGUAAGCCUGCCUAUUGAAAAGCAGCUGGAGUCCGUGCUCUCUAGCAAGACAGCCAGUACUGCAGUGAUGGAUAGUCUCUCCAAUAGUUCUGGAAGGACUUCUUCAAUGAGUGAUAUUACAGACGGCUCGCAGUACCGAGUGACGCGGGAGAAAGUUGGCAUGGCGGCACAUGACUUAACAGUGACCAUAAAUUGUGAUGGCAGCCCCGUCUUCAAUUCAUCUAAAUAUAGUAUAUGGCCAGUGCAAAUAACUCUGAAUGAAUUGCCACCAUUGCUGCGGUGGAAGAAUGUAAUGAUGCCGCUACUGUGGUAUGGGAAUGAACAUCCCAACAUGACACUACUGCUGGAAGCCUUCGUCAUUCAGCUGGAGAAACUAAAUGCAAGUGGCAUAACUUGGACAUUCAACGACACCCAGAUAUGCUCUAAAGUGUUCUGCAUCUGCUGUUGUGCAGAUUCACCCGCAAGAGCAGCAAUGCAGCAGAUGAUGCAAUUUAACGGCUACUUCGGCUGCAGCUGGUGCUACCAUCCGGGCAACAAUGUAGAUGGCACAGUCAAGUACUGCUUAAGCCAGCCUCAUCCCGACCGCACAGAUGAAGAGGUAGUGGCAGACAUGGCAGCUGCCUGCCGCACUGGCUCCACAGUGAAUGGCGUAAAAGGCCCUUCUCCUUUAAUUAAUUUGCCUGGGUUUAGCCCUGUGUGGUCCUGGUGCCCUGAUUACAUGCACUGCGUCUUGCUUGGUGUUAGUAGGCAAAUAACCGAGUUAUGGUUGUCAGAGUGUGGAACAGACUAUUACUGCGGAAGGCCUUCUACAAUGACAGUCAUUAAUGAACGGCUUUGCUCAAUUAAAAUGCCUGAGUGCAUCAGCCGUCAGCCAAGAGCACUGACAGUACGAAAGUACUGGAAAGCGUCCGAGUGGCAAUAUUGGCUACUGUACUACAGCAUGCCAUGCCUCGCUAAUGUACUGCCACAGAAGUAUGUGGAACAUUGGGGUCUUCUUGUAGAAGGAGUGUUUCUUCUUUUGAAAGAUUCGGUGUCACCAUUAGACAUAGAGCGCAGUGCCCGAUUUCUUACAGAGUUUGUAGUUGGUGUCGAGUUCCUUUAUGGUCAAAAGAACAUGACAUAUAACGUGCACCAGCUCCUUCACAUCCCAAAGUCAGUGGUCCUCUUCGGUCCUCUAUGGGCACACUCAUGCUUCAGCUUUGAAGUAAACAUGGGCAAGCUGCUGCGACUUGUGACCUCUUCUAAUGGAGUAGCCCUUCAAAUUGCCACACGGCUGCUGCUUCACAGCAGUCUGUUUGCUCUGAAGGCAUUGGCAAAUGACUAUGCAUUGUCAUUGAUGGAAGCGAAAUGUAAAAACACCCUUGGCGAAGUUGUUCCUUUAGGAAAGGCUGAAGCUGUCUCCAACAGUUUUCUUCGUGCUCACUCACCGUUGCAUGGAUGUGAGGUUGUGGAGUAUAAGAAAAUAAAUGUGAGCGGUGCCAUCAUUACUUCAGAGAAGUAUAUUAGACACAUCAGGAUAAAUAGUACAGCCCUUAUCUUGCCUGAUGGUACCUAUGCUAAGGCCAAAAGAAUAUUUUGCUCUAGACAUGGCUCUACUGAGCGGUUCUACAUCACCUCAAAUGCGUACUCAGUCAAUGCUUUGAUGCCAACUGAACACAUAAAGUCUGCAAGGCAACAAGAUGAAAGGCUGUUUGAGAUCGAUAAGCAUGCCCUCCCUUGCAUAUACUUUGCUUUCAGCGGUCAAGAAUUCUUCUGUAAUCUUGUAAAUAGCUAUGAGUGGUCCUAGAA